AUGAUUUGGAAUGGUUUUAACUGCAAGAGUUUCGAGUGUUUGAAUGGUAGGAAACUGAAUAGAGAUUGUGUUCAUUGCUUUGAUUUGGUUAAUGGAUAUGAGAAUCAAAGAUUUGUUAAGUCUAAGGGUAAGAAUGAUUUUCUUGUUGAUGAUGUUUUACAAUUAGGAAAUGAUGGGAUUAGAAUAGGUUUUGAUAUUGGAAUUGGUUCGGGGUCUUUUGCGGCGGUUAUGUCUGAGAGGAAUGUUACCAUGAUUACUAGUACUCUUAAUGUUAAUGGUCCUUUCAAUGAGUUUAUCGCGGCGAGAGGAAUUUUUCCGGUUUACUUGAGUUUGGAUCAUAGGUUUCCGUUUGUUCAAUCUAGUAUUUAA